CGGAGCGGCGCCCGCGCGGUUCGAGCGCGGCCAUGGCGGAGCCGGAGCGGGGCCCGGAGCCGGUGACGGCCGAGGCGGUGCUGAGGGAGCUGCGGCUCUUCGAGCUGCGCUGCGACGGCGAGGAAGUGCCCGACAAGCUGGUGGAGCUGUGCCUGAGCCACAGGCUGGACCCGGUGGCCUUGGCCAACGAGCUGCUGGCCUUCGUCACCAGCAAAGACCUGGACCUGCAGCUCACCCCCGAGGGCCUGGACGCCUUCGAGCACGAGGUGCUGGCCAAGCGCGGCAGCCGCGGCCGGCGCGGGCGGGACGAGCGCCGCGGGCUCCUCCACGACAUCCACUCGCUCCAGGAGCUCCUCGACGAGGAGCAGGAGGACGAGCUGCUGGACGCCUACACCACCCCGUCCAAGGGCUCCCAGAAACGCAGCAACUCCACCCCGGAGACGCCGCGGCCCAAGCGAGCGGCGCCGUCCCGCAGCCCCUACGGGCUCUUCUCCCCCAGCAGCUUCUCCCCGAGUGUCACCCCCUCCCAGAAAUACUCGUCCCGUGGGGGCCGGGGCGAGGUCGUGGCCUCGCUCGGCUCCGGCCAGGGCCUGGCCUGGCGCGGCCGCGGCGGCUGCGGCGUCACCAUCUUCGGCCACCCCGAGCAGAGCCUCAGCAAACCCUACAAGAGCAUGUUCCAGAAGGCGCUGGACGUGCGGGAAGCGCUGGCCGGGCGGGUGGAGGAGCUCGGGGAGGUCCUGCAGAGGCACCACGGCCUGGACAGCUUCAGCUCCGCUGUGCUCCCGGCUCAGGAGCCGGUGACGGUGCUGGGGCAGAUCGGCUGUGACGGGAACGGGAAGCUCAACACCAAAUCCGUGCUGCUGGUGGGGGACCGGGAGCACUCGGGGGGAGCCGAGGUCCCUCUGGACCUCUCGGAGCUUCUGGAAUAUUCCCUGUUCCCGGGACAGGUGGUGGCCCUGGAAGGCACCAACAGCACGGGCAGGAGGAUGGUGGUGACCAAGCUCUACGAGGGGGUCCCUCUGCCCUUCCACACCCCCACGGAGCCGAUGGCAGAGCAGAGGAUGGUGCUGGUGGCCUGUGGCCCCUUCACGCCCUCGGACAGCAUCACCUUCGAGCCCCUCAGUGACCUCCUGGAGGUUGUGGCCCGUGACCGCCCCGACGUUUGUAUCCUGUUUGGGCCGUUCCUGGACGCCAAGCACGAGCAGGUGGAGAGCUGCCAGCUCCUGAGCCCCUUCUCCGACGUGUUCCGCCUCUGCCUCGGGACCAUCAUCGAGGGCACCAGGAGUGCUGGCUCCCAGCUGGUGCUGGUGCCCUCGCUCCGGGACGUGUCCCACGACUUCGUGUAUCCGCAGCCGCCCUUCUCCUUCCCCAACCUGCCCAAGGAGGACAAAGCGGAGCAGAUCUGA